UUUACCAAUAAUUUUAAUUUACAACUUAAAAUAAAAUCAAUGUUAGACAUAUCCAUCAUGUCAUAUUAUACUGUUUGUUAAAAAAGUGUCAAAUUAUAGUACAUUCUAUUAAAUACUAAAUACUUAUUUCCAAUCUGAAGUAUUGCAACAUAUUUUCUUAUUCAUACAAAUACUUAACUCAUUGGCUAUAAGAUGGAUGCAAAAAAACAACAGACAGUUUUGCCCGAAGAGGAGUAUUUAGAAAGUAUUGGUAAAAUUAUAGAAAGAGAUUUCUUUCCAGAUUUAGAAAAAUGGAAAGCUCAAAAAGAUUACUUAGAUGCAGUUCAACAAAAUGAUACAAAGAAAUUAAGAGAAAUAUAUGAAAAGUAUAGUUUAAGCAAACGAUUGCUUAUUGAACAACCAGAUGCUAGCCCAGAUACAUUUGAAACGCCACAGCCAACUAAAGGACCAAUGAGCAGUAGAACUAUCGAUCCUACAGAUUUAGAUGAUGGGAAACAUGGUGAUUCCAAAUCAAAAGACACUGAAAUUAUUGGAUUGGACAAAUUUUUAAGCAAUACUACAAGUGAAGAUAAUCAUAGUUUUAAUGAAAUCAUUAAAGAAUCAGAAAUUCAAUAUAAAAAAAAGAAUGCAUGGUUAUUCGAGGGCGAAAAAAAAGCAUUAGAAAUGGUUGAUAAACUUGAAGUGCCUUCAAUUGAAAGUCAAGCAUCUAAUACAGAACGUGCAUUUAAUCUAGAUUCAUGGGCAUUUAAAAACAAAAACUAUAUUAUGUAUGUUCCUGAUGGAGUAACAUUGACAAAAGACGAACUUAUUAAUAUGGCUUCCAAACGACAAAAAAUUGACCAUUCUAACACAAGACUCAAAUUAAACCCAUUUGAUGAAAGACAUAACAAACAACAACUAUGUAGUUUAGCACACAUGCAGACAAGACAAUUGGAUGGUAAAAUUGGAGUUGAUGGCAAAGAAUUAACAUCUUCUACUCCUAAAAUUAAUGGAUAUGGAUUUGUCAAAACUCCAUCUCCCGCUCCUGGUGUAAAUCAAAGCCCACUGAUGACCUGGGGAGAAAUUGAAGGUACUCCAUUCCGUUUAGAUGGUGGUGAUACUCCACUGACUCCUCAUAACUCUGGUCCUAUUUUCAAAAUACCUGAACAACCCAAACGUGAAAGAUUAGCACACGCACUUGCUGAAAAAGCUAGUGAAGGUCAUAGAAAUAAAAAAAUUAAAGCUCUAGAAACAGCCCGAAAACAGUUAUCUACACCAUCGCCUUCUAAUUUAAUGAAUAGUCCAUUGGAUCGAUUGAAUUCUAUGUCACCAGCAGCUCAAAGACUUGUAUGCAACCGUUUAAGUAGUGAUAGAAGAAGAGAUGCUGCAUUAAGAGCAUCUUACAGUCCAUCACCACAUACAACUCCAUCUGGAUCUCCUUCAAUUUCUGGAUUAACAAGCAAUAUUAAAAAAUCUACCCCUACUUAUCAGAAAAAACAAUAUGAAGUACCUAAAAACCUUACUGAUAACUUAUUGAAUAUCAAUGUUUCUAAACGUUCAAGAGCUGUAGAUUUCUUUUAAAUGAUCAAUUAAUUUGAAGACAU